AUGUCCGCGCCCGGAGAUUCUGUUUCCUACCCCCCUGCCGCGCACAUGCCCCUCGCGCACGCCGCGCGCACGUCUAGCGAGGUAGUCAGCACACAGCCGGCACCGGCACCGACGAUGAGCGCUAUUGCCUCUCCGAAGGGCGGAGAGAAACCCGAGAGACUGAGGGGUGGAUGUAUCCCGCUUCCCGGUGGAGGGACGUGCUUCAUCAUUCCUUGCUGCUGCUGA